AUGGCUUCGCCCUCAGCCACAGACUCUCCAGAAGAGGACAGCACCGAUGUCCCCGAGGUGACGCAAGCAGAGACGAGAGUGGCCGUGUCGCGACUCCGGGCUAAGAACACAGCGCCCGGACCCGACGGAGUUCCUGGUCGAGCUCUCGUCCUGGCUCUGAAGGAGCUAGAGCCCCAGCUGAGAGGGCUCUUCACGGCAUGUCUCGAGCAGGGUCAGUUUCCCAGUGUGUGGAAGGAGGGGAGGCUGGUCCUGCUCAGGAAGGAGGGGCGCCCCGCGGACUCACCGUCCGCGUACCGGCCCAUAGUGCUGCUCGACGAGGCGGGCAAACUUCUUGAGCGUAUCAUCGCAGAUCGCCUCGUCGGCCACUUGUGCAGAGAGGGGCCGGACCUAGACGAGAACCAGUUUGGUUUUCGUCGCGGGCGCUCCACCAUAGACGCUAUUACGCGCGUGAGGGCCCUGGUGGAGGAGACAGUAUCCCGGGGUGGGGUGGUGCUGGCGGUGUCUUUAGACAUCUCCAACGCCUUCAACACCCUACCCUGGAGUUGUAUUCGGGAGGCACUGAAUUACCAUCGCGUGCCUCCCUACCUCCGCCGCAUAAUAGGGGCUUACCUUGAGGAGAGAUGCGUUACCUAUUGGGGACGUGACGGCGCUGGUCGGCGCGUCAUGUCGUGCGGUGUUCCGCAGGGAUCGGUCUUGGGACCGCUCCUGUGGAACAUCGGCUACGACUGGGUGCUGAGAGGUGAACUCCCGUCGGGCGCCGACUUGACGUGUUAUGCGGAUGACACGCUCGUCACUGCCCGGGGGAGUUCGCACAGGGAAGCAGCGUUGGUUGCCACGGCUGCGGUGUCACAAGUGGUGAACCGCAUCCGGCGCCUGGGCCUGGAGGUGGCCCUAAGAUAUUACUUAUAG